UGCCAAUGAAUCACUAAAAACAGUGCAGUGCCGUGAAUUAAGUUGCCACAGCUGGUGGUUUCUCAACUUUCCACAGGUCUGUUUUAUUUUUGUGGUGCCUCAUUCUUAAGUACGCAUGAUCACUUCAUCACGUGUCAAUGAUUUUAGGGUUUCUGCGAUGAGCAUUCAGCAUUCUGGCUCAGGCUCAGUUCGUACUUCGUCUUUAGGAUAUCACUUCUCUGCAAUGGCAGCAGUUGAAACAGUGUGCUCUCGAUGCCAGGGUAAGGGACAUCGUGCUGCUGAUUGUCACCUACCCUUCUUCCGCAGUUGUCAGUACUGCAAGACUCCGGGUCACACUGCCAAGGAGUGUCCGCUCUUGCGACACUGUACUUACUGCAAAUGCGAGGGUCAUACCAAUCGCAACUGCGCCAAGCUACUGGCGAAAAGAGCCAAGGCACGAGCGUCAGAUGACUCAAAGAGUGAGACUUCCGAGGCCAGCAAUGGUCAGUCUGGUGUGAGCACAGCUUCAACAUGGGCAUCAUCACCUCCCAAGAAGCAUUGGAAGCAAUGGACUGAACCACAGAAACGUUGGAUGCAAGCCUUGACUGAAGAUGAAGAAAAACAGGCACGCAAAGUCGAGAAGAAGCUGCGCGAGAUUGCAGCUCUGGAAGCUCGGCUUGCUGAAGGGGAAACUUUGGAGGACUUGCAGCAGAAGAAGGUUGACAAGAAGUCAGAGUUUGAGGAUUGUGAGGUCAUGCGCAAGUUGCGCUCUGGCUAUAGACGAUGUGAGCUACCAGCCAAGAGCCUGAUGAGGCAAAGUAACGCCCAGGUGUGUCCAGGCGUGUCAGAUAUGAGCUAAGAAACGUAGAUGCAUAAUGAUGCAAAGUUUGUAGAUAUUUAUAGAUGAUAGAUGUUUAUAGUUGCUUUCACCCGAGGCCCUUGCAGCAUCCUUUGUGCAGUGUACAGAUGCAGUCUGGAGUUAGCUAGCUCAUGACUUGCCUUGAUCACUUUGCAUUCAGUAGAUCUUCCCACUUUGCAAGUUGAGUCUGGACUUGUGUACAGCAAACAAGGAACACGACUAGGAGACUAGACAUUUAGAAUCAUUUCGAUUCUUUGGAUUUGCUUUUGUAUGG